AGCUUCCCGUCAGCAUGAAAGCCAUCCAGAAGAGACUGAAGAAGAAUUAAGAGAACAUCAGACAUUUUUGGAAGACCAAUACAUUGACAGUACAGCAAAACAUAAGGAAAUUCAAGGAUUGACCCAAAUGGUCCACGUGAAGCAAGAACCUGCUGAAAGUGAUGAAGAUGGAGAACAACAAGAAUUGGGACCAGGACAAAGGCAAGCAGAGCAAGAACUGCUCUUCAGACAGCAAACUCUUCUACUGGAGCAGCAGCGCAUUCAUCAGCUCAGAAACUACCAGGCAUCCAUGGAAGCUGCUGGCAUUCCUGUAUCCUUUAGUGGACAUCGGCCACUUUCUCGAGCUCAGUCUUUACCUGCUUCUGCCAAUUUUCCAUUAUCUACACAAGAGACAUCGUGUAAGCCACAGUUCACAACAGGUCUUGUGUAUGACACCUUGAUGCUGAAACACCAGUGCAUUUGUGGAAACACAAACAGUCAUCCAGAACAUGCAGGGAGAAUCCAGAGCAUUUGGUCACGGCUUCAGGAAACAGGUCUUCGUAGCAAGUGUGAGUGUAUCCGUGGAAGAAAAGCAACUCUAGAAGAAUUACAGACUGUGCAUUCAGAAGCACACACACUGAUUUAUGGUACCAACCCUCUGAACAGACAGAAAUUGGACAGCAGGAAAUUGUUAGGCUCUCUGACAUCACUGUUUGUCAGGCUUCCAUGUGGUGGCAUUGGGGUGGACAAUGAUACAAUUUGGAAUGAAGUACAUUCAUUCAGUGCUGCUCGUCUUGCUGCUGGCUGUGUCAUAGAGCUUGUAUUUAAAGUAGCUACAGGAGAACUAAAGAAUGGAUUUGCUGUAGUUCGACCUCCUGGUCACCAUGCAGAAGAAAGUACCCCUAUGGGUUUUUGCUAUUUUAAUUCUGUAGCCAUUUCUGCCAAACUUCUCCAGCAGAGACUGAACGUGAACAAAAUCCUUAUAGUGGAUUGGGAUGUACAUCAUGGAAAUGGUACGCAGCAAGCUUUCUACAGUGAUCCCAAUGUCCUUUAUAUUUCACUACAUCGCUACGAUGAUGGAAAUUUCUUCCCAGGCAGUGGAGCCCCUGAUGAGGUUGGCAUAGGAUUGGGUGUUGGUUUUAAUGUAAAUAUAGCAUUUACUGGUGGUCUUAAUCCACCAAUAGGAGACUCAGAAUAUUUGACUGCUUUCAGAACAAUAGUAAUGCCUAUUGCUCAUGAGUUUGCUCCAGAUGUUGUACUGGUGUCAUCAGGUUUUGAUGCAGUAGAAGGUCAUCCUGCACCCCUUGGGGGAUAUAAUCUAUCAGCAAAAUGCUUUGGAUACCUCACCAAACAGCUUAUGGGGCUGGCUGAAGGACGAAUCAUUCUGGCUCUUGAAGGUGGUCACGAUCUGACAGCCAUUUGUGAUGCAUCUGAAGCAUGUGUUUCUGCUUUACUAGGAAAUGAGGUAAAGUAAAAAUGCAAUUUAUGCUCUUUUAUUCAUUGACUGGCACAAAUCCCAUAAGCCCACUACUAUAGUGAUGGGCUGCACCUCACAAAAACAGGGGAAAAUGUACUCAGAAAAAGACUGGUCCAACUCAUCAGGAGGGCUUUAAACUAAAAUUGAGGGAGAGGGGUGACCAAUCUUAGAAUCUUUAGAACCCAAAACAAUCAC